AUGCUUCAACUCCCGCCAAUCACCGAAAACGACUACGAACGUGCCAAGAAAAAGCAUUCCACACCCACUUCUGCCACCUGCAGCCCAAGUCCAUCUUUUACCCGGAAACACCCGCUUGAAGUCGAGGAUCCUGAAGAAUUUCUGCAACGAGCCUACGCAAGAGACAAGUUGGAUUUGACUUCAGAUUGGCACAACCGAGCAGCAGCCUUUGAGGCUCUAUCUGAGGUUCAAGGCCCGUCGGGUGGAUAUGUGAAAGUUGAAAAACGGAUCCCGGAACCGGUAUUGGCUUCGAUUGCCGGGCCUUCGGGUGAGGGAGAAGAGGAGAGCAACGGAGCGGAGCGAACGGCAGCCUUUUCAAUUCACGAUAAAGAAGCCACAGAACACCAUCGAAGCCGACCGAGCCAACUCGAGAAUUCCGAAUCGACAGAUCAAGGUGAAGAGGAGCAUGACGCAGGGAGCAUACUGCAACUUUUUCAAUAUGCGAUGAAGAAGUGCCAGAAAAUCGGAGGC